GAUUUUCCUACACCUACAACUAACAAAAUCAUACCUAGCAAAAUUACAACUUUUCUCCACACGCGUUUGGCUUUCGAGAAAGUGCCUCAGCUCGGGAAAAUUAGUUUUUUUAUUUUUAUUUUUAUUUUCCUUUCGCUUUUUCUCGAGAAACGAAACCCUAACCCUAGCUUCAAAUCUUCCCAAAAUGCAGCCUUAAGAACUCCGCUUUCAUCAUCUUGACAGCUUCUUCGGUUCCUCUUCCGGCGAUCCCUCCGAUCGCUGACAGAUCACUGGAAAUGGACCACUAUGACUUGCACGCUCACAGAAGGGAGAUGAAGCAUAAAGGAAGAAAUGUUGUUUGGUCGAUUGCAAUGGACAAAUGUCUAAUUGAAGCUCUUGCUAUUCAGGCUAGAAACGGAAACAAGAUAGACAAAUGCUUUAAUGAGAAUGCAUACACUGCUGCUUGCAUUGCUGUGAACUCCCGUUUUAAUUUAAACUUGAACAAUCAGAAGGUCAUUAAUCGUCUUAAGACCAUUAAGAAAAGGUACAAGGUUAUUAGGGAUAUGCUAAGUCAAGAUGGUUUCAGGUGGAAUCCUAGCACAAAGAUGAUUGAGUGUGAAAGUGAUGAUCUUUGGAAGAGAUACAUUGCGGUACAUCCUGAUGCAAAAGGAAUUCGAGGAAAGCAGAUUGACAUGUACAAUGAACUAAAAAUUGUUUGCGGAAAUUAUCAAGCCCCUAGUCGUUGGGCUAAGGUAAAGGAUGGAGGCCAUCCAACAAGGAACUUUGCAGAAGAUUCUGCUUCACUCCUCUCGCCAAGUUCGGAAGAUGCAAGUGAGACUGAUGGAACAGACUCAUAUUCCGAACAACCAGAAUAUAUGCCAGAUGGCAAUCAAGAUCCUCUGAUCCAGCCUGUCAGACCACUCCCAAAGGCUCACGGUUCGGAGACCCUUCAGGAUGCAAUGUCAGCUGUGGCAUCAAGUCUUCGUAGAUUAGCUGAUGCAAUGGAGCUAAGCAAAAUUACUAUCAAUGCCUCAGAAUUAUUACAAGCUGUGAUGGAGAUUGAUGGGUUGGAUGAGGCCAAACAAAUGUAUGCUUUUGAGUAUUUGAAUGCUGACCCCAUUAAAGCCAGAGCCUUCAUGACAUACGAUACCCGAAUGAGAAAGAUAUAUCUAUUUCGACAGUUUUGGUGGUGGAAGUGACUGUGGCACCCAAACUCAGGACUCUUUACUUUGGGUAUAUAUUCACAAAGUUGUAGAUUGAUGGAUGUUUACACAUUAAACCUUAAUUGAUAUUGGGAGGUGAAUGUACAGAUACUAGAUGAUCUCAGGGUGAAAAGUUAGAGCUAGAAGCUGGUACUAUAGAGAAACUAACCAGUCUCUCUGUGUCCCCUUCUGGAAUGAAGCUAGAUCAGCAGGUGCAAAAUCAUCACUCCCUGCGUUACCCUUCUUCAGAGGUUAGGUGCUGCUAUUUGUGCUUUCAAUUUUGAAUAUAGCUGUUGUAAUACUCAACUUUGCCCCGAAUUAUGGAAUCCAAUGUGUUAAUUCGUUGCCACGAAAUGUAUUAACGUUGCAGCCUCGAUUGUUUCA